CUGUCGGUCCACGGCAGCGUACGUACGGCCCAAAACGAGCAUGCAUGAGAUAUGGAUCGAUUAAUCAGCUGCCAAUUAAGUCCGGUCAAAUCCUGCAGCUGUAGCGUGCUUACCAUCGCGAAUAAAGCGCAUACUUGGCCCCUGCUCGGUUCAGAGAAUCUGCUUAGAAGGAAGGAAGCAAGCAAAGCAAAGCAAAGCAAGCCUCUUCUUUUUUAUAUGCUCCAAGUGUGCAGUUGUUAAACGAAAAGGCUCCCAUUCUCUCGCAGCCUCUCCUCCAUCUCGGUCGAUCAGAGAGGAACAAAGCUGAGUCUUAGAGGAAAUUAAUCAAGUGAGGUUGGUUGUCUGAAUGAGCUUUGCAAUCCGCAGCUCUGAGCCUGAAUUCUGGUUCUUGAUCCCGUCGGAAGAGGCAGCAGUAGCAGUCGCAGCACAUCGGCUGGUGGUGAUGGAUCAGAGGAGAAGCGGAUCAGCUUAUCGUCCUAAGCGGACACAUAUGGCGGCGGCGGAGGACGAGCACCGGCGGCCGGGGACGUCGAGCCGCCGCCGGGUGGCGCCGACGCCGACGACGCAGACGCAGACGCAGACGGCGCCCGGCUACUUCACCGUCGAGCUGGUGAUGGCGUUCGUCUGCGUGACCGCGUCGCUCGUGCUGCUGCCGCUCGUCCUGCCGCCGUUGCCGCCGCCGCCGUCGCUGCUGCUGGUGGUGCCGGUGUGCCUGCUCGCCGUCCUGGUGGCCAUGGCGUUCGUCCCGCUCGACGCGCAGAGCAACGUCGUCGGCUCGUCUUGCUUGUAGAUAGAGAAAAUGAAAUUCUUUUCUUGCUUUUUUUUUUUAUCUUCCACAGACCACAGUUCAUUUAGGAUUUUAGGUUAGCGUAAAGAGACGGUUAGUUCUCUAUUGCUAGAUUAGUGGGGACGAUGAGUUUGUAAUUACUGGGCUGUAAUUGAUUACUGCUGAUCCGAUAGAUCGACCCGGGCUAAACCUGCAAAACACAUGCCCUUCUGAAGAAGGGGAAAAAAGGAAAAAUCAAGGUUACAUGAACAUUUUGUAUGAGCUCGUUUUACAAUUCAAUUCAAGAUGAGUCAUGAGACAAUACCCUGCGUCACAUGGAUGACGUGAUCA